UUUAAUUUAGAAUUAAAUUAAUAUUUUCUUCAUCAUUUGCAUCUUUAAUUAUGCAUAGAAUUAGUUUUGUAUUUUCUUUUUAAUUCUUCUUCCUUGUUGUCAUCUUGUUGAUGUUCCAUUGAAAGAUGAUUACAGUGAAUCUCUGAUUAUCAGGCCACUUGCCGAUGGAAUGAUUUAUAAUCAUUUCCAAUUUAAAACUAUUCUUAAUCAAGACAUUGAAUUGCUUCAUUUAGAAAAUCAUUUUGAUCGAUUCCCUUUGGCGAUUGGUAAUUUUAUCACUAAAAAUUUAAUUAAGGAACUUUCAUUCAGUCUUGCUCGUGGUCGCUGGAAACUGGAUCAAUGGGGUUAUCCUUUAAGAUAUCAGCCCAAUGGUGCCGAGCUUUGGGUUACUCUACAACAAUUUAAUCCAAAUCCUUGGAAAUCAUGGAAAGAUAUUACCAGUACAUUAUCUGGACUUUUUUGUGCUUCUCUCAAUUUCAUCGAUAAAGCAGCUACAACUAAACCGAAAUUUUCUCUCAAUCCUGAAGGAAUUUUCAUCAAUGACACUUUCCAACCAGAAAACAUAUUCUAUGCAAGUCUAGCCCAUGAAGCCGUUUGCACGGAAAAUUUAACACCAUGGAAAAAGCUUUUACCAUGUUUCUCAAAGGCCGGAUUAGCAUCUCUUCUGAAUGCUGUUCAAAUUUUCAAUUCUAAUUAUUUUUCACUUUCACUUGAUAUCAAAUCAAUUUGCCGGACUCCAAGUUGUGAUUCAACAUCAAUCCAAUUAACCCAAUCAGUUAUGGUUGUUUUCAACCCACCAGCCAUGUUUGAAGGUAAACAACGUUGGUCAAUUGUUAAAUUUUUCGGUACCUCAUUAAAGAAAGAGUGUCCAGUUGCAUCUUCAAGUAAAAUCUACAUUGAAACAACUAAUAAUGAAACAUCAAAUCCUCACAUGUUGUCACCCGAACCCGAGACAAACAUUGAUGCUCAUUAUGGUGACGAGAAACGUAAAUUUGCAGUUUAUGAUGUUAAAAAACUUCUAGAUCACAAUCGAAGUCAAAAUAUCUCUAAAUUUAACAUCUACAGUAUGUACCAGAAAGAGCACAUUUACAAAACAAUUGUACCACCUUAUAUAACUGCUCAUCGGUACAUCACUGGUUAUGGUGUUUUCCAGGGUGGAAUCACUUGUAGGAUAUCAAAUAGACUUUCGCAAGCUCAAAAUGUCACCUAUUUAGAUGUGAUUCCUUGGUACCUUAGAAUUUAUCUUCACACAUUAACGAUAACAUCUGAUGGUAAAUCAAUUGAACCAAUUAAACUCUAUCAUGUACCGGGUAAGGAUAGAGCUCAACCUCAUCAUCUUGAAAUUAUUUUAUCACUUCCACCACAAUCGAUGACAACAAUUAGUUAUCAUUUUGAAAGAGCUUUUCUUAAAUGGACUGAAUUUCCUCCUGAUGCUAAUCAUGGUGUUUAUGUUGGAGCUGCAACUUUAUCAUUCCAACCUCCUAAUUUCCAGAAUCUCACAAUUCAUCCGGAUGAGACAAAAGUUAAUGAAAAUCCGAUGAUAAUUAAGAUUAAAACUGAAAGUCUUCUGGUUUCCUUACCAACUCCAGAUUUCUCGAUGCCUUAUAAUGUUAUCUGUUUGGUGAGUACAGUGGUCACUUUAGCUUUUAGUCCGAUUCAUAAUUUGACCACUAAAAGAGCUCGAAUUGCAACAAUCACGGAACCUCAAGGAUUUGCAAGUCGAAUAUUUAAAUUUUUCAAGAGAAAAUAAACAAAAUGUAAUGAUAGUAGAAAAAAAUCUUGUAAUAAAUUCAACUAACGUUUUCUCAAAACAGA